AUGGCAUCACUCCAGGCGAUCAAGUAUUCGCGGGGCAAGUUGUUAGUCCUGGACCAGCUCAGGCUUCCCCAUGAACAUCACUACGAUGAGGUGUCGACGGCAGAAGAGGCUUUUGAAUGUAUCCGGUCCAUGAGGGUGAGGGGAGCACCGGCGAUCGCCAUUGUUGCUGCUCUCGCUCAUGCUGUCGAGCUGCAAAACGGGGGAUGCACCGCAACAACGCCGGAAGACACCAUCGCCUACAUUGAGUCUCGCCUCGACUACCUAAAAGAAAGCCGGCCGACCGCCGUUGACCUUUCCAACGCCAUCGCCCUGCUCAAACUGGCCGCACGCGCAACCAAGCUCGAGGGCUUGGCUUACCCCGAGGCCAAGGAAGCCAUCCUCAACUCGUACAUUGAGGCCGCCGAAAACAUCCUGGCCAAGGAUCUUGAGAACAACACGUCCAUCGGCUCCUACGGCGCCGCCUGGCUGCAGCAGCAAUUCAAUGCCACCCCGGACCGCCCUCUCUCGGUCCUCACCCACUGCAACACGGGUUCGCUGGCCACCUCGGGCCACGGCACCGCCCUCGGCAUCAUCCGCAGCGUGCACGCGCAGGGCCUCCUCAAGCAUGCCUUCUGCACCGAGACGCGGCCGUACAACCAGGGUAGCCGGCUGACGUCGUUUGAGCUCGUCUUCGAGGGCAUCCCCGCGACGCUCAUCACCGAUAGCAUGGCGGCCGCGCUGUUCGCGCAGCAGCGCGCGCGUAUGAACAUUGGCGCCGUCAUCGUCGGCGCCGACCGCGUCGUGCGCAACGGCGACACGGCCAACAAGAUUGGCACCUACGCGCUGGCCGUGCUGGCACGCCAUCACGGCGUCAAGUUCGUCGUGGCCGCCCCAACCACGAGCAUCGACCUCGACACCGAGAAUGGUGACGGCAUCAAGAUUGAGGAGCGCAAGCCCGAGGAGCUGACCCAGAUCAGUGGCGCUGUGGUGGAGCCGGAUGGGAAGGUCGACACGACCAGGACGGCCAGGGUCGCCAUUGCCGAUCAGAGAAUUGCCGUGUGGAAUCCCGCGUUUGAUGUCACGCCGCAUACCCUUAUUGAUGCCAUUGUCACCGAGAGGGGGACAGUGGUCAAGGGGGCCGAUGGCCGGUUCGACUUUAGCCAGGUGCUGCCCGAGAGGUGGCGGAGGUAG